GCAAAAUCGUCCAAAAUCGAGGAGGUUCUUUCGCUACUAAGCUUGCAAUACCGCAAGAUGAGGCUGAAAGUGGAGAUGGAUGAUGCCUCUGUGGCACUUGAUGCCACUGAGGAGCCGCUGAGGCGGUCGCUCGUCCUCGUAUCUGACAAUAUCACCAACAUCGGGUGAGGCAGCACACACAUGGAGGAGGAAGGCAGAUGGACUGGAGGCACCAGGGCCUGCAUGACGAGCAUGGAUGGACUGUUUGUUAACCUUGGUCUGGUCUGUGUGUCCUCUCCGCUCAGUGAGCUGAUCUCUCACCUGCAGGGCCAGUUCGGCUUCCUCGCUGCUCCUCGUGUGCCAUACCUGUCACUGGAUGGCUUUACUCUGCCGCCGUCACAGCCGCUGGGCAUCCUCCGGGACACUGACGUCGUCCGGUGGGCACACGAUACAUCCGCAACACACACACACACCGGCCAUUCUUGACCUCUCUGGCCUUGGUGGUUGUCAGGGUGCAUCUGGUGGGUCAGCAGCGGGACCCCGCUGCUGCAGCCGCCUCUGCCCGCACCGAUGAGCAGGAGACGAUGGUCGCCACCGCUCCUCCACUCGCCCAGCCCAUCCAUCCCGUCAAGUUCGAGCCACAGACACAUGACAACGGCCAGGCAGAGAGGAGCAUCGACAGGGCUCCUCUUCCUCCGCCAGAUGCAGUCGCCAGCAAGCGGCCGUGCGACGAGCAUGUGGAUGCAAAAGGAGCGGCAACGGGCGAGUCGCGGCACAAGCGAGUACGCAGGCGGCGCAGGAGGAAGAAGGAAGACCAUGGUGAGGCAGGGGUGGCUGCCGAGGUGCUGCUUGAUGAGACAAUGCCGGCAGAGACAUCGACAGAAAUCAAGGCUGGCGACCUUAUCAGCGUCGCCAGGCUCACCGAGCCCAUUGAUCCUGGCGUCCGAGAUGUGUCAAGCAUCGCUCCCGACCCCAGUCAGCGGCAGCCCUACAUCGGCCAGGAGCGAGUCGGUGACAUUUUGCGAAAGCUUGUCGGGCGCUAUGAAGCAAACGACGGCGACCAUGUGGUCCGUGUGGAGCCAAUGGUUAUCACUCGUUUUUCGCGUGGGGGGAAGACGAGAUUAAUGAAGCAGAUCGGGGCAGGCCUCCACACGCAAGGCAUCCCUGCCCUAUUCAUCACGUAUGCAUGUAGAAGCAGACAGACAGAGGCAGAGGCUGAUUCGUAUACACUCACUCAGCAAUGAUGAGCUAUGUGUUUCUUCUUGUGCGUGGCCAUCUAUCCAUCGUUCUGCAGGUUCAACGAGCAGACAACGCCCACUGACUUUGAGCUAUCUGCCUGCAGCCCGCUGCAGUCCAUCUCGUUGCGGAUAGCCUGGGCCACUGCAACGCCGGAGGCUCUCGAGAAGGUGGCACAGGCUCUGAAAAAGCCUGUAGCCGAACUCACCUUCGACGACUGGGUGCGGACUGUCUCGGUCAGCCAUCGGACCAUCAAAGAGUGGCUCGGCAGCGGCCCUCUGGUCCUCUUUGUUGACGAACUCAACCAGCGCAUCCCCUCAAACACUGUGUUCGAGGAAGAGCCAUUGGCACUGGAGCUGGCUGACUUUGUUCUUCAGCACUUUCUCAACAAGCGGCAGCGUUACUUUGUGUUUUCGAGCCAGGUCGCCGCACUAGGGAACAGUCUCCUGAGGUACUACUCGAGGUUCGGCUUUCGCGGCGUGUACAAAUUGCAAAUCCCGAGGGUCGAGAGAAUCUCUGCUGUGACCGAGAGCGGCAUCUGCUCAGGCACACACGCUGGUAUCGUCUCCUGGACUGGACGGGUGCCUGGUUUGCUGACGCUUAUGUACUCGAAUGAGCCGCCGCAGCCAAACAACGUCCGACAGCCCUUUAAAGCCAUGGAAGCCCCUCGUCUUGACGCGGACCUUGCUCGAGCCGUCAUUCAAACAGCGAUUGAGGGCGACGGAAAGCUUCUGGGCAGACUGGGGACGUGGUCGCGCUUCCUAGACGUCUUCGGCUAUUCGUGUGUGUGGCCGCCAUGCUAUCUGGGGCUGGCGUGUGACGAGUUGGGGAAGGCCCCGGAGGUCAAGAAGGCCCUCGGCAAAGGCUUCGCGACUGGCCUGAGGUUGAUCCCCACGCUUCUGGACCAGCUACUCGAUGAGAGGGAGUCCGGCAAGCGAUGGGAGGGCGUUGCCGUCGCAGAGGUGCUCCUCCGACUCCUCUACAGUCACUUGGAAGGAACCGGAGGUUCACUUGAGCAUGGCGGCAGCUCAGCUGGUCCCUGAUGCAGUCGACGAUGGAUGCAAGUUUGGGGGCGUCAUCACCGCAAGCCAGCCGGAGACGCUCAAGGCGCUCAUCACCGAGUUCCACCAGAAGAUGGACCCGACACUCGCAGGAGAGCGCUACGUCUCUUAUUUCGUCAAGCCCAUAGACUCAACUCUCCACGGCUUCAGCUUCUUCGUCUUUGUGACCGAGUACGGCAGCUUGACGACAAUCUACGGCGGCCAGUGCAAGGAGAGACCGACGGGCUCCGACAAAGACUUCAUCAUCAUCAAGCACAGUGUGUCUGAAGCGGUCGCAUCGCUGGCGCCAGACGAGGGCGACCCUGAGGCUAUCAAUGCCUCAGCGAGGGUCUACUUUCGUGGCAUCUGGCUGUGCGGUGACGAUGAUCAGGGGCAGGAGGUAAACAUUAACAAACGGUCGGAGCGAGAUAUCGGUGUGGUGCCAUCACGUGCCGCCAUUGAGGAGGUUAUCGGUGUGUCUCUUGCGCAGAUGUGUCCUUUCGAAUGGCUGGUAGAGGGAAAAGACCAGGCCGGCGGGGAAGGGACAGGGGCUUAGCUUCUUCAGUCGGUUGGGUGUCAAGUAUGUCUGUCUGGUGCGUGUGACUUUACUCACGACGAGAAUGUGGUCCAGUCCCUUGUGGGGUUUGGGGUGCAUAUGUGUAUAGUUAGUCAUAUGCAUGUGGGUGGCUGGGUGAAUACCUACCUACAUGUGAUGUGUGUCUCUCGCAACUAUGGCAGGCAGCCAUACCUCAGAUCAGAUCAUGCACGUACAAAC